AUGAAUCACUUUCUGACUGCAUUCUGCAUCUACCUAUGCUGGGAGACUGCCAAAUCCAAAGCAGAAAUAUUUGGGGAUCCCAAAACCGAUGAAAUUCCUCUGGAAGCACAGAAGCUCAGUGGUGAACCGCUAAUCAAAUACCUCAAAGAAAAUCAAAAUCUUUUUGAAGUAGGACCGGCAAGGCAUGAUUACAAGCUCAGAUUGAUGGACAUAGGAUUUAUGGAUAAGAAUAGGAAGCCUGUUGUCGAAAACGAGGAACCAGAUGACGACAUUCCAGAGAGUUUUGAUGGCCGAGAAGUGUGGGCUAAUUGCUCGUCGCUCUCUUACAUACGUGACCAAUCCAACUGCGGUUCAUGUUGGGCCGUCGCGACGGCAUCCGCAAUUUCGGACCGUAUUUGCAUUUUGACUAAGGGAGCCAUGCAGGUGACGAUCUCAGCUACUGACAUCUUAUCCUGCUGCGAAUACUGUGGUUUCGGAUGUAGGGGUGGCUUCACAAUUGAAGCUUGGAAUUACUUUACAGAGGAAGGUGUCGUUAGUGGAGGAAAUUACGGCACAAAGGGAUGCUGUCAACCUUACCCACUUCCUCCAUGUGGACAUCAUGAAAACGAGACCUUCUACUAUGAGUGCAACAAAGAGGCAGCCACUCCAGAGUGCCAGAAGAGAUGUCAUCCGGGAUACAGAAAGUUGUACAGAAUGGACAAGUUCUACGGCAAGGGUGCUUAUGAAUUACCAAAUUCUGAGAAAGCUAUCCAGAGAGAGAUUAUGAAGCACGGACCAGUUGUUGGUAUGUUCAGGGUAUUCAGUGAUUUCUACAAUUACGAAUCAGGAGUCUACAAGCACACAGCCGGAUCGCAAGAAGGUGAACAUGCUGUAAAGAUAAUCGGAUGGGGAAAGGAAAGAGAAACGCCUUACUGGCUUAUUGCUAACUCAUGGCACCAUGACUGGGGAGAGAAAGGUUUUUUCAAAAUGCUUCGUGGAAGCAACCACUGUAGAAUUGAAGAGCUGGUCGUCGCUGGACUUGUCGACGACGACGUGACUAGAAGCCUAUGA